AUGCUGACAACCACAAAGCCUUCAUCUCUUGUAAGUCAGGAGAAAUAUACAACAUCUACAACGUCAGCAUCGUCUUCGAAUUCACCAACUAAUGGAGAAAGCAGUGUUAAUAGUAAUAAUAACUUAACAGAAUUCCUUACAACCACUACAACGACACCACCUUCUUAUUCUUUAUUAUACUGUUGGACAAUAUUAUGCACCUAUAUAGCAAGUAUAUUCAAUAAAUCAACUGCACGGCUGCGAAGGCUUUCCACCGGCGAGCAUGCAUAUAUCGUACAAGCAUCAAUCGCAUCAUCAUCGUCUAUUGAUAAUAUAUCGUCACUUAAAGCUACCAAUUCAUCGAAUCGCUUGAAAAAUAGCACAAAACCAGUUCAUCAAUCCUCUCUGACAUCAACACCAUCAUUUUCUUCUAUGAUGAAAACGAAGACACUUAUAUUGGAUUUGGAUGAAACCUUAAUACAUUCAACAUCAAGGGGAUCACGAGCCGACGCACAUAUGAUUGAGGUUAUGGUAGACAAUCACGCUUGUUUAUAUUAUGUGUAUAAGAGACCACAUGUGGAUCACUUUUUGAAGAAGGUAGUUAUUUUUACUGCUUCUAUGCCCGAAUAUGCUGACCCUGUGAUUGAUUGGUUGGAUCCAAAUAAAAGUUUGAUCGGUAAUCGAUAUUUUCGACAGUCUUGUACCAAUCGAAAUGGAGCUUACAUCAAGGAUUUAACAAUUAUUGAACCAGACCUUUCAAAAGUUUGUUUGGUCGAUAAUUCACCUAUAUCGUAUGCUAUGCACCAAGAAAAUGGAAUAGCAAUUGAAGGCUGGAUUAGUGAUCCUCAUGAUGAAGCUUUGUUAGAUCUUUUACCAUUCUUAGAUGCAUUAAGAUUUACUGAGGACGUAAGGUCUAUAUUGUCCCUAGCGAUUUAUUGA